AUGCCAUUCUCGCGGCCACUCAAUGUCGUGGGCUGCCAUGCAGAAGGCGAAGUAGGAAACGUGGUGACUGGCGGAGUUCUGGACGUGCCAGGAGCUAACAUGCAUGACAAGAUGAUGCACUUCUGGACCAAUAACGACGGUAUACGCCAGUUGCUGCUCAACGAGCCAAGAGGCCGAGCAGCGAAGUGUGCCAACAUCGUUUUGCCACCAUGUAACCCUCUCGCCGAUGCUGGCUUCUUGAUCAUGGAGAGUGAGGAUUUUGAAGACACGAUGUGUGUCACAACAGUGUUGCUUGAGACGGGAAUGCUGCCAACGCGCGAGCCGAUCACCAAGCUGAACCUGGACACAGCCGCUGGACUGGUCGCAGUCACUGCAGAGUGUGAGAGUGGCAAGUGCAAAAGUGUGGAGUUUGAAAAUGCGCCAUCGUUCGUCUUCGAAUUGGACCAUGAGGUGGAAGUGCCUGGGAUUGGUGUUAUCCAGGUGGACAUCGUCUAUGGUGGCAUGAUCUUCGCCAUGGUCGAUGCAGCCUCGAUCGGCAUAUUGCGAGCAAAGAUUACACCGGUCCAUCCUGAGAAUCCAGCAAUCCGCGGCAUCACGAAUUUGGUUUUCACAGACCCCGUCACUUACACGGAAGGGGAAAAGGAGACCAGAUGCGUCACUGUGGUAAUGCCGGGACGGUUCGAUCGCAGCCCUUGUGGCACAGGCACCUGUGCUAGACUUGCGCUUCUUCAUGCCAGAGGAGAGCUAGACGUUGGCGAGGAGCUCGUCAACUACAACAGCUUGACUAACUCGAAGUUCGAUAGCCGUAUCGUACAGAAGACUCGAGUAGGCAAAUACGAUGCCAUCGUGCCCGCCGUAAAGGGCCGAGCAUGGGUAACUGGCUUCAAGCAGGAAGUCCUCGAUUCGGCAGAUCCAUACCCUGAGGGUUUCAGGGUCGCCGAUGCGUGGCACUCCACAAGACCAGCGUCACUGGUGGACGACAUCUUGGAAGCUCAUAACAACAAGGCAUUUAACGAUCACUAG